AUGGCUUUACAAGAUGUGUGUGGUUUCCUCAAUGCUCCUCUUUAUCCUCACUGGAAUGCUCCACCCAAGUCUCGGGAAGAUACUACUUUCAUGCUUGGAAAGAGAUCUGGAGCGGAUUCAGUUUCUAGAUGGCUUCCGAGGAGCAGCAGUUCCAGUCCUAUGGAAUUUUAUGUACCAGUGCAGGAAUAUCUGAUGGAGAGCCCAAUUGAGUUUGGUCAAAUCCGGCCAAGCUUCGACUCAGACUGGACAAAUCCUAAAGCUGAUGACCACCUCCCCUACUCUUUACCUUCCAUCUCUGUCCAAUCGGCCAUCCCGCUCUACAUCUCUCCCUCCGUUCCUCUCCCGUUCCCCCUUGGUCACGGCACCACCACUCUGGGCUUUGUCUUCCAGGGCGGGGUCAUUGCCGCAGCGGACUCCCGCUCCAGCUGUGCGGGUCUAGUGGCCUGCCCGGAGUCCCAGAAGAUCAUACCUGUUCACUCCCACCUGGUAAGCACCACCUCGGGCACCUCAGCCGACUGUGCCCUCUGGAAGCGCAUCCUGGCACGGGAGUUACGGCUCUACCAGCUGCGGAACCGGCGGAGGCUGUCGACAGGGGGCGCCGCCAAGCUGCUGUCCCACAUGCUGCACCCGUUCAAGGGCACAGAGUUGUGCGUGGCUGCUACCCUGUGUGGAUGGGAUGGGGAUGAGUUUCUAGGUGGAGAUGAAAGGUCAAUGGAUGCUGGUACUCAAUCUAAAGGGACUGAUGGGAAGAAAACAGGGUCAGUCAGUGAAGCAAGCUUUCAACCAGUAGCAGAGCCUGAUGCUAAAACUCAACCAACAGCAAGCAACAAAACAAGCUCCACGUUAAUAACCACCAAACAGACUGGCCCCAGGCUUUAUUACGUAUGCAGUGACGGCCUCCGCCUGCAGGGGGAGCUCUUCUCUGUGGGCUCUGGUUCUCCUUAUGCUUACUCCAUACUGGACGGGAACAUUCACUGGGGGCUUAGCGUGGACGAAGCUGUCUCCGUAGCCAGGGAAGCCGUUUACAGGGCCACACACAGAGACGCUUACUCAGGCAACAAUGUGGACCUUUACCAUGUCACUGCAAAAGGCUGGAGGCGCAGAAAGAGGGAGGAUCUAAAGGAGGAAUAUUACAGAGAGAAGGAGAGGGAGAGGAAGAGAGUGGAAGAGAGGAGGAGGGAAAUAGAGAACAAGAAGCAGACAAAAUAAGAAUCUGUUCAAGAUUCAUUAUCAUAUUUAUACAUAUAUUGAAAAGUAGUCUAACACUUCUUAUAACUUGAUGUGAGUGGGCGGGGCUAAACUACUGCAAGCAGAAUAGGCAGAUAUACUGUUUGUAAGUGCAUCGGCUUUUGUGACAUCACAAAAACACUGAACAUUUUGAAAAUUCAGCCAUGUUUGCAUUCUACAUCAAACCCACUGGGGAUCCUAUGGGCCCUUUAACCCUGUGUAAUCCCAGGCUUAUUACAUGCCAUGACUUAUCAUUCGGUAGCUACAUGAAAGCAAUGCAAAUUAGAAUGAAGUUUUAGGAUUGUAAAAUGAAAGCCUAAACAUGCCAUUUAAAGCGUGAAGAUGCAAAUAUAACAUUUCGGUAAAACAUUACCUAACGCUCCUCUAUAUGUUGCUUAGUAACACGAGACUUGCUGUGCAUGUUGGUACACAUUCAGCUAAUGUGACCUACGACAUUGACUAGAAACUGAGUGGAAAUUGUACGAUUGUUGUAACUGUAACUGGA